GCCGCCGACUUGAACAUGGAGCCCCCGGACGCCCGGGCCCCGCGGCUACUGUUGCUCGCGCUCCUGCUGGCGGCUCACCCAGGUGCCCAGGCCGAGGUGCAUCUGUCUGUGCAACCCCUGGUAGAGGUGAUGCGAGGAGAGCUUGUCACCCUGGACUGCACCCCUUUGGAGGCCCAUGACCAUUUUGUGCUGGAAUGGUUCCUUACUGACCGCUCUGGGGCUCGCCACCUCUUGGCCUCUGCGGAGCUGCAGGGCUCUGAGCUCCAGGGCACAGUACACGACGCCCGGGGCCGCAGCCCCCCUUACCAGCUGGACUCCCAGGGGCGCCUAAUGCUGCCCAAAGCCCAGGUGGGAGAUGAGCGGGACUACAUUUGCGUUGUAAGGGCUGGGGCAGCAGGCACUGCCGAGGCCACUGUGCGGCUCCGAGUGUUUGCAAAACCAGAGACCAUCGAGGUCUCCCCCAACAAAGGGACGCUCUCUGUGAUGGAAGACUCUGCCCAGGAGAUUGCCACCUGCAACAGCCGGAAUGGAAACCCCGUCCCCCAGAUCACAUGGUAUCGGGACGGGCAGCGCCUAGAGGUGCCCAUGGAGAUGAACCCAGAGGGCUACAUGACCAGCCGCACGGUCCGGGAGGCCUCGGGACUGCUGUCUCUCACCAGCACCCUCUACCUGCGACUCCGCAAGUCCGACAGGGACUCCAGCUUCCACUGCACCGUCCGCUACAGCAUGCCCUCGCUCCAGCACAACCACCUGGACAGCCCUACCUUCCGCCUCACCCUGCACUAUCCCACGGAGCAUGUGCAGUUCUGGUUGGGCAGCCCGGCCACCACAGCGGGCUGGGUGCGCGAGGGUGACUCUGUCCAGCUGCUCUGCCAGGGGGACGGCAGCCCCAGCCCAGAGUACACAUUUUUCCGCUUUCAGGACAAGGAAGAGAAAGUGCUGAAUACAAAUCUUGAGGGGAACUUGACCCUGGUGGGGGUGCAGCGGGGCCAGAGUGGGACCUACGGCUGCAGAGUGGAGGACUACGAUGCUGCAGAUGACGCACAGCUUUCCCAGACCCUGGAGCUGCACGUGGCCUACCUGGACCCCCUGGAGCUCAGCGCCAGGGAGGAGCUUUCCUUACCCCUGAACAGCAGCACAGCCGUGAACUGCUCAGUGCGAGGCCUGCCCACCCCCACCCUACGCUGGACCAAGAACUCGGUGCCCCUGGGAGAUGGCCCCGUGCUCCCACUCAGCUCCGUCACCUUCGAUUCUGCUGGCACCUACAUCUGUGAGGCCUCCAUGCCCACCAUCCCCCUCCUCAGCCGCACCCGGAGCUUCGAGCUGCUGGUCCAAGGACCACCAGAGUUAAGGGCAGAGGAGAUUGAGUCCAAGGCAGAGGGUGGCUGGAAGGAAGGAGAUGAAGUCAACCUGAUCUGCUCUGCCCGAGGCUACCCAGAGCCCAAACUCAGCUGGAGCCAGCUGGGUGGCAGUCCAGCAGCACCAGUGCCCGGAAGGCAGGGCUGGGUGAGCAGCUCCCUAACCCUGAAAGUGACCAGUGCCCUGAGCCAAGGUGGCAUCUUCUGUGAGGCCUCCAACCCCCAUGGGAACACCCGGCACGUCUUCCACUUCGGCACCGUGGCCCCCCAGACCACCCAGGUUGGAGUGGCCGUCAUGGCCGUGGCUGUCAGCGUGGGCCUCCUGCUUCUCGUCGUUGCUGCCUUUUAUUGCAUGAGACGAAAGGGGCGCCCGGGCUGCUGCCGGCGGGAGGAGAAGGGGGCGCCGCCCUCCAGGGAGCCAGAGCUGAGCCACUCAGGGUCGGAGCGGCCGGAGCAGGCAGGCCUUCUCAUGGGAGGUGCCUCUGGAGGAGCCAGGGGUGGCAGUGGGGGAUUCGGAGAUGAGUGCUAAGUCCGAGGACCCCCUAGAGGGAGGCAGUCACUGGACCUGCAGUGACUCAGAGUUGCAGGCAUCAGAGAACCAGCACUGCUCACACCUCCGCCCGCCCCCGCCUUCCCUGCGUGGCCCGCCCUUCCUUCCUCUGUCGGCUGGGCAGGGACCCACAGCGGCCUGCCUCCAGGAGGGAAGAAGGAGAGUGGGUGGGUGGGAGAGGGCCUUCCUCCAGAGAGUGUGACUCUCCCAGGCCCCAGAAUAGCUCCUGGACCCAAGCCCAGGGCCCGGCCUGGGACAAGGCUUCGAGGGUCGGCGGCCGCGGCUAUUUUUACCUCCUGCCUCCCUUGCUGGUCCCCCACCUGAUGUCCUGCUGCAUAGUCUGACACUGGAUCCCCGCCCCUGCCCCUCCCCAUCAUUUGUGGACACUGGAGUCUGGAAUA